AUGGCAGGAUGCGUGGUUGAUACCAGCUAUUUAGCAUCUCCGGAUUUCAUGGUGCUAGCCUCCCAUUGUAUAUCUUGCCUAGAGAUUCCUGUAUCAAUUUUCGGUUUUUACUGUAUAAUAUUCAAGACACCGAAGGAAAUGAUAUCGUUGAAAGGAUUACUUUUAAACUUGCACUUCUGGAGUACUCUGUCUGACAUUUGUAUUAGCUUUAUUGGUAUUCCAUAUAUUUACUACCCAGAAAUCGCUGGGUAUGGAUUGGGUCUUGUGAAUUUAUCUGGAUUUUUGUAUUAUCUUGGUCUUAGUUUACUCACUGCAACGGUCGCAUCGACUUUUGCAAUAUUCGAAGAUCGCUACGUGAAACUUUCCGAAGAGAAUACUCUCUGGAGACGAUAUUACAGGAUACCAUGCCUUUUCCUCGUCUACUUCUCAGUCCCAUUCCACUUCUUGCCUCCAUUUCUGAAUAUUCCGGAGCAGGAGCAAGCUCGUCUUCAUGUUAUGAAAGCUCUUCCAUGUCUGCCUCCAUUUACAUAUAACAAUAAUAUGAUGUUUGUGGCAAGCAUCGAUCUAAAAAUUCCAUUUAUCUGCUUGGUGUUUAGUUGCAUGUUUUUUACUGGUGCAACUCUAACUUUUCUCGGAUUAACUCUGAAAAAGUUGGCAUCCAUCAAAACUCGCUCAGCUUAUUCUACGAAAACAAUAGAAUUUCAGAGAAAACUGAUAAGAGCAACCGCCUCAACGAUAAUAAUUCUGCUAACCCCAACUCUAAUAGUCAUUUUGCUCAUAGCUACCCGGUAUCAUAACCAGAAGCUAAAUAAUCUGGUCCACUUGAUCUUGUCGGUACACGGAAUCGAAUCUACUAUUGUGAUGGUUUUGGUUCACAAACCAUAUCGAGAGAUCUGGACCUCGAGGUGUUUGACAGGCGAGAGACACAGAGAUAUGCGUGCACAUGUUGGAUGUGUUAGGAACUACGGUUUAAGCUAA